CAAAAGGGUUGACUAAGCUACAAUUUGGUCUAUAUAUAUGUGAAUUAUGCUCUGCCUUCUACUGUUCUACAUGUUUUAUAUAAUAACAUUCAUCUCUCUAUUUUAGUUUCUGAAUUCGUAAUUUGUGGUUAAUGAAUCAGCAUCAUUACUCACCAGUGCCACCAUCCAUGGAGAAGAUCAAAACCAAAGGCAAGCUCAAACUCUUUCUCUGUUGCUCCAGCAUAGAGCUGAAAGGGAAGAAGAAUAAGAACAGUACAGAGGAAUCGUCUCCCGAUAACGAGCAUGAGGAAAUUUUCACAGCAGUUUUUGGGGAAAAAAGUAAACGCUCGUUUGCCUGUAUCUGCUGCUCGUCGGUUGAAGCAGGGUCAACGAAAUCCUCCCCACCAUCUCCGCGCAAUGGGUCAACGAAAUCCUCCCCACCAUCUCCACGCAAUGAUUUACCUCAGAAGAAGGGCGACUUGGUCACGUGGUGAUGGUGCCAACAAGGUUGCUGUGAAGCAGGAAUCAAUCUUGCUUCUUGUGAUAUAUUAUCUAUAUAUCUAUCAGUCAUCCAAAAUAUAUGUUUCUUUGGAAUGAGUUGUUGGAUGAGUAUAUGUUGUGGUUGGAGGAUUAAUCAUUUGGUUUUGGUGUUAUUGUUGUUUGUUUGUUGGUGUGUAAUAUUUGUAUGUUUGAUUAGGCUUUGUCAUUUGGUUUUGGUGUUAUCGUUGUCUGUUUGUUUGUUGUUGCAUUUUCGUAAAUUUAUAAGUCUGAAACUUAUUUCAAUAGUAUUUAUUACUUUUCGUUUA